AUGGCACAGGCCUAUCCUGGUGAUCAGCAAUGGGAUGGUGAGGACUUCUCAUGGAGUAGAUUACACCAUCCCAUAUGGAUACCAGACAGGUUUUGGCUGCAGAUGAUUGACAUAGUUUGGGAUACCGAGGCUUGGAAAAGAAAAUCCAAGAUCAAUCGGGCCAAUCGGAACACCCAGUUUGAGGGGGUGUCGUCCAGACACACUGGGGGCUCGAUUAGUACUGCACAACAUCAAGACAGGAUGGCACAAGUAAUGGAUCGUGAGCCAACUGCUACUGAGGUAUUUGAGCGUACUCACUGCACGAACCAGAAGUUCGAUCAAGUUUCGUCCGACCCGCCUACCAAUCCUCCUCAGUUCAGUUAUCCCAAAGCUGCUAGAUAUCAUGAGCGAUUUCAAUCACUUAGGGGUGAGUCACAAUCUAGUACCGACAGCCCUUUCCCUGAUGAGGCAUCUCUUUGGGAGCAAAGUGUCGGAGUGCGGAGGAAAGGCCGAAUAUUUGGUUUCGGGACCACCCAGGAUCCCUCUUAUGCUAUGACGGGUAGAUGUAGCAGUAGCGGGUCAUCAUACUAG